AUGGUGUACGACCUGAGCGGGCGCCCUGCCCUGGACGACCUGGUGACCACCCAAGCCCUGCGGGGUGAGUACGUGCCCACCGAGACCAACGGCCACCGCCUGAUCGUCGUGAGCGACAUCCACGGCAUGGACGAGGCGCUGUCCGCCCUGCUACAGAGCGUGGGGUACUCUGGCCCCGGAGGGAAGGACCACAUAGUUGCCACGGGCGACGUGGUAGGCAAGGGCCCGGACUCGGCCGCCGUCGUGGACCGCCUCAUGAGUCUCAACGCCACGGUCGUCCGCGGCAAUCACGAGGACCGCCUCCUCCUCACCCACCGCGAGGCCGAGUCCCGCCGCGGCGUCGCCGCCGACAUAGACGCCCAGCAGGGCUCCCUGGCUGCCGCCGCCCACCGCGGCCAGUCCGACUACGUCGAGCUCGCCCGCACCCUCUCCCCCGACCAGCUCGACUGGCUCGACAGCCUGCCCGUCAUCCUCACCAUAGAGCCCCUCAGGCUCGCCGUCGUCCACGCCGGCCUCCUCCCCGGGACCCCCCUCGAGCUCCAGGAUCCGGCCGCCGUAAUGAACAUGCGCACCGUCAGCUACCCGCGUGUCAACCUGCGCUCCAAGGCGGGCGAACACCCCGCCGUCCUGCCCAGGUUCGACUCCGUCGCCGACCCCGAGGCCGGCAUUGCCACAGCCAGGAAGGACUCUCCUCCCACCGCAACUGCCGUCGACGCUGUACCCUCCGACGAGCCUACCCUAGAAUCCCUCCAGGAGAUGGUCGACGGCGCGGAGGACGAGGUGUCGCCCACCGCCCCCGAGGAUGACGAAAACUACAUCGACACCUCGGAGAUCACGUACGAUCGUCAGGUCGCCAUCCCGUCCGACAGCGCCCACGGCGAGAAGUGGGCCGAGGCCUGGACCGCCUACCAGAAGCGUCUCCCCCGCGAGGACCGCCUGUCCGUCAUCUACGGCCACGAUUCUAGGACCGGCUACGUCGAGACCGACUACACAAUCGGUAUCGACUCGGGAUGCGUCAAGGGUGGCAGCCUGAGCGCCCUCAUUGUCGAGGCUGACCCCUUCGGCAAGGGCUUCAAGCAUACCGUCCUCCAGGUCGAGUGCACGAAACCUUCUCCCUGA